AUGCUGCUCCGGCAGGAGUUGGAAGAGAAGUUGCGGUCACAGACCAAGGAGCUCGCUUCUGAGCAGCGCUCUGCGAACGCUAUGAAGAAGGCGCUCGCGUCGGCGCGGGAUGAGCUUGCUGCGGCACAAGAGCUGAGGCGCUCCGACUGCGACAACCUGAGGAGAGCGCAGCAGGCUGCUAAACGCGACAUCAAAGCGGCCGAGCGGAUGGCCGACCAGGCAAAUCAUGCAGCUCGAGCUGAGUGUGAGUGGCGUAUCGGCGAGAUGCGGGCCAAGAUGCAGACCGAGCUGCGCGAGCAGCUCGACGCGCUGCAGAUUUCGAUGGAGGCAGAGGCGAGGCGCGCUGAUGCCGCAGAGGCGGAGAGGUCAAGGCUGUACGACAAGAUGGAGGGGAUUAUGCGCACGCGUGAGGGGUUGAUAGUCGCACUCGCAGAGGCGCAGCUCGGCAAGCACGAAUAUAGUGAUUGUUAA